CAAAUACACUACUGGAGGACCAGAUGGUGCUGUGUACGGAGUAAGUUCAUCAGGAUGGAUGGAACGACCAAUUUUUUCCAGUUGGUGCGAAAAGUUGUUUCUUUACGGAGUCCCCCUCAAUGGGAAAGUUGUAUUGCUAUUCGAUGGCCACCUUUCCCACAUCAACUUGCCUUGCUGAAGACUGCCAAAGCUGCAGGAAUCAAGAUGCACUUCAACAUUAGAUGUAGGUGUCUCUCCCAUGAAGACACAAUGGAGAUAUAUCCUCAACAAACACAAGAUACAAAGAUGAUCGAGUACCAUUUCCAUCCCUAAUAAAGUAGCUGUAUCAGACAACAGCAAAACCUCAAUACCUACGUUCAACCUUUAGAGCUGCAUCCCCUCACAAAGUAAUUCCAGAUUGGAAAAUAGCACCUUUUCUUCCAACAACUACAGUUGACGUGCCUAAGAAAACUACAAGUGAACAAGCUUAACCAUAGAGAGAAUAAUGGACUAGUCAAGAAGAUCAGUCACCUGUUACGAGACCACCGUCAGCAUGUCAGCAAAAUCAUCCACGGAGGUCAAAAAAUGACACUUCAUGACAUGCAAUUAACGCCAAUCGUUAAGUCCUAUUUAAGCAAUAUUUUACAACGUUGCUGAGAAAGUCUCCUGCAAAACGAGCAAUACAAAAUUCCAUUGCGUCAGUAUGGUGAGGUCCUUAUACACAAGCGGCGAGGUAAUCGGCAGAAUGCAAGAGCUCGAGAAGAAAAACCGGAAGACUAACGGCAAGACAAUAGUCUGUUUCUGCAGCGAAGACAAGAAAUAAGACACAAGCGUUGUCACCUCUGGCUCCCGUCUGUUCACGAAAGAAAGAAACUGAAGCCGCACAACAGUCAACACUUGCAAGCUCCUCCUCUCAAAAACUGAAGCAUGCCAGUUAUGAUAAGCAGGGGCGUAGCGUGGCAUGGGCUAGACAGGGCUAUAGCCCCCCCCAAAGUUUGUAGGCGUGUCCAUCAAUUUUUGUGUGCUUGAUCUUCCAAUGCGCAUACGUAUGCUUUGGAACCCGUCUCUGACACUGUGGGAGCCCAAAUCAGACGUCGGGCUGCCAAGGCUUCACGUGUGAGUCACGUGCCCAUCUAAUGGCGACUCUGAAAAGUUGUGCAGGAGGGAAAGGAAGUUCCAAGAAGCAGGCGUCUAUUUCAGGAUUCUUCUCCCGCGGUCAAGUUUCUGACAACUCGCAAAAGUCUGAAGAAGUUCAAGGAACAGUCGAGUUAGAUUCAGAAGUCAGCCUCACUGAUGGUCAAGGCACCGAACAAGUGACACCUAGCGAGGUUUCUACCGCUGCUGGGCCUUCCAGUGGAUUGGUUCUAGAAGCCGCUAACGUUCUAGUAGGCCCUCAUCAACCUCGAUCCAAAGAUUUGUUUGGUGGAAGUUUUCCGAGGAGGCAAAUUUUGCGUCAGCGAAGAAGUUUUCAGGAGACUUGGUAUUCCCAGUUCCCUUGGCUGGAGUAUAGUGAGAAGGUGGAUUCUGCAUUUUGUUUUGCGUGUCGCCUAGCUGAGCAGAGCGGAAAGCAUGGCCACUACGAUGCAUGCUUUACUGAAAGAGGCUUUCGAAACUGGAAAACGGCACUAGAUGACUACAGAAAGCACGAGUCUUCGCAUGUGCACUGCUUGGCGGCAGCUGUGUGGAAUCAGGCAAGACAUGUUGCCGAAUCGGGCACGUCUGUAGCCCAGUCUGUCAGUACUGCGCACCAAUUAAGAAUAACCUUGAACAGACGAAAUCUCGGGAAAGUGUUUGAAACUAUCCUUUAUCUUGGGCGACAGUCUAUUGCUUUGCGUGGACAUGACGAAACGGAAGAUUGCACGAACAGAGGGAAUUUCCUCGAACUGUUACAUCUGCGGGCAUCAGAUAAUCCUGAGCUUGAGCAACACCUGCAAGGAACGUUUACGUACACCUCUCCACAGAUUCAAAAUGAAAUUCUAGCUCUUUGCGGUCACAAGAUUCAGCAGUCGAUAGUCCACGAACUCCGAACGUCCGGUAUGUAUGGACUGAUUUGUGACGAAACCACAGACGUAUCGAGACAAGAGCAGAUGUCCAUUUGUGUUAGGUACGUAAGUGAAUCAAUGACAGUAAAGGAACGCUUCUUGGGCUUUUGGCCAGCCGAAAGUACCGAUGGAAAGUCACUGUUCAAUCUUCUAAAUCAAGCUUUGAAUGAGUUAGGAAUUCCUGUAGGUCAAAUGAGAGCUCAGUGCUAUGACGGUGCGUCCAAUAUGCGAGGGAGAUACAAAGGUGUCUGUACUCGUUUUCAGGAAGUGGAAAAGAGAGCUCUAUACAUCCACUGCCAUGCUCACGUGCUGAACCUUACUCUAGCGAAUGCUUGUUCCGCGGUCCAGGAUAUUAGAAACGUUCUUGGAGUGGUAAACAGCCUCUACAAACUGCUGGAAGGAUCGGCAAAGAGACAUUCGCGGUUUCAGGCUAUCCAGGAGAAGCUAGGAGGCAGUUCUGUCACUCUCAAGAGACUUUGUGAAACUAGAUGGUCUUCACGCUAUGAAGCUGUACAUGCUAUCAACUUAAUCAAGUCCAGUUUUGAUGCGAUCAUUCACACUCUUGAAGCAAUUUCAACUGAAGAUGCCGAAUUAGGACCAGAAGCAUCCUGUCUUCUGAAGUCUGUUCAGACUUUCCACUUCUUCUUCUAUAUUUCAGUGUUGGAAGAGGUACUUGGGAAAACUGCUGUUCUUUCACGCUACUUACAAGGUCGGCGUGUCGAGCUGUCUGGAGUCAAGUCGAAAGUUUCUAGCACAAUCAAAGCCGUGGGUGCACUUCGUGAAGACUUUCAAGACGUCUGGAAAAAUACUGAAGACAUUGCGUCAAAACUAAGCUUGGAACUUCCACAACUUCCGCGCAAACGUAAAGUAGCACAGCGACUGGCCAUGGAUGGUGGUGGUACACCAUAUUACCCUCAGUCUUGUCAAGAGCAAUAUAAACUGGUUUACAAUGAGGUCGUAGAUAUCGUGCGAAUGGAAAUGAAAGAGAGAUUUCGUGAGAAUGAAUAUGAAGUUCUGGCUGCAGUCGAAAAACUUCUAGUAGACUCACUGACAGAGAGCCGACCAGACCGGUCGAGUCUUCAGACAGUGUGCACAUUUUAUGGCAACGACUUCAAUUCUGGCCGACUUGAGCAUGAACUUGAAAUUUUUUAUGGUAAUAUUCAAGCGUACCAAGGCGAACCGGACUGGACUGUAGAGAGUGAAGAGGGAACUGACUUGCCCGAACUUGUAAAAGUCCGGACGUUCUUCAACAAAGGCACUAACAGGGACUGCUACCCAGAAACUUGUAAGCUUCUUAAGACACUUCUUGUCAUUCCUGCAUCUUCAUCGGAAUGUGAACGAUCAUUUUCCACUCUCCGUCGUUUGAAAACGUGGCUCAGAACGUCGAUGGGACAAGAACGUCUGACUAGUCUAGCACUCCUGACAGUCGAGCGCGAAGAAUGUCGAAAAUUGGAGUGUAGAGUGGAAGACCUUGUUGCAGAGUUUGGGUCUAGUGGACGAAGGCGUUUACUGUUAAAUUAGUUUAUCGCACCUCCGUGACGUCUAGAACAGCUGUUGCAUUUAAACUAUGCUACGCUAUCUAGAGUACCCUGGAACCGUUGGUUAAUUGCAAACUAUUUAGCUGCCAGUAGAACGUACUCUGCUCACACAAGAAUGAUCAAUUCUCCAAGCUCCCACGUAUGCACCACUCAGUCUUCAAGUACGCAUGUGACAGCUUUUUGCCCAUAUGUAGGUACGUACUACGAAGGCAAGAAGUGUGUGGUUGGCUGAUUUGACUGAUGAAGUGGGCGUGUCCCGUUGCGUCGCAAAGUCUAGCCCCCCCAA